AUGACGUUCCCAUCGAGAGUUUUCCAUUCGCGCGGUACAUCCCUAGAGACGGCGAUGCAGGCUUGGUUUGAACAAUCACCAGAUGCAAGUGCUAGGCUACCGCGGAAAACGGCUAGGAAACCAACCCUACCAGAUCCCAUCCGGCAAUUCUUCAUAUCCCUCCACGGAGCAAGUAAGAAGCAUGACCCAGAUGCAGACUCUGACUACGAGUAUGAGUCAGCGAACAUGUCCAAAGCACUCGCAGUCGCCUUUCUCCGUGCCAUCAUACUCAACAUGCGUUGCAGUCUAGAGGACGGAUGGUUAUUUGUGUUGACGAAUAAAUAUUUGGGAACCACUCUGGAAAUCGGUCCGACAAGGUCUCCUGCGACAGACUCUAGGGGCUUAAGCAAUGGGGGCAUAGUGGUUCAGGACCGAGAUGGUCAUCUCCAAGACGUCCCCAUUGUGUCUCUCGUGGCAAAGCGGAGAGACCUUGGAGUGGGUGUGCGUCACCCUGCAAACGGUCCAGAGCCGCACCGAAAAGACAUUGUGGCGCAAGAAUUUGCGUUGCUUUACGGCCAGGCAUGUGCCUGCAGCACCAGCUCAUCUGACGAGGUGGUCAAUGGUCACGAUGGAUGGCUGGUGUCCAUCCAUGGUACACGUCUUCGGCUCUCCUACGCCGAGUUUACUAAGGAGUACUUGGAGGCUGUUCGGGGAGAGUUGUUGCCCGCGGAUCUGCAUGUGAAGGUCCUCAGAACACGUGAGUACCAUCUCAAGCACACAGCCGAUCUGAUCCAAGCCUUGAAAGCCGUGAUGGGCUUGUUGAAGUUUAUGCAGGACGGGGACUAUAAAAAUGAGUACUUGGAGUGGCUGGGGGCCCUUUGUAACGACAGUUGGACGCGAGAAUGUUAG